AACUUCAGUUUCUUUACAGUUUUCACACAGACAAGAUCUUAUAGCAGUAACGGAAGCAGCAACCUUCUGGAUUUUACUAUUUUCUGCAGAUUAAACGGAAUAAACAUCAAAGUCAAAAUGGGUAAAUGUAUUAAAACACUGAAGUAUAUGCUUUUCGCCUUCAAUCUAUUGUUUUGGGCCGCUGGAUGUGCCACAAUAGCCAUUGGAAUCUACUUUGUUGUUAAUAAUGUUUAUGGGGCCCUGUUUCCCGAUAGUCCCUCUAUAACAAUUGGCAAUGUCCUGAUUUUAUUUGGCUGCAUUAUAAUGGUAUUUGGAUUUCUAGGAUGUAUGGGAGCAAUUAAAGAGAACAAAUGCUUACUUCUUACUUUCUUUAUUUUGCUCUUGCUGAUUCUGUUGAUAGAAGUUGUACUGGCCAUCGUUCUCUUCGUCUAUGAAAAAGAGAUAGAUCCUUAUGUAACAAGACAGCUAAGUAAAGGUUUUGAAAAUCAUAAUCAAAGAAAUAAUAAUUCAACGUUUUGGGAUGAUUUACAGUUUAGGUUCCAAUGCUGUGGAAUCAAUGGUUCAUCAGACUGGAAAAAUGAAAUUCCCAAAUCUUGUUGCAAUGCAGGCGACAAGGAGUGCACAAAAGAAAAUGCAUUUAAAGAGGGAUGUGCUGUGUUUUUCAGAUCAUGGUUUGAAAAUAAUUUCCUUUAUGUCGGAAUAGCUACCAUCUGUAUUUCUAUCAUAGAGGUUCUAGGAAUGUCUUUCGCAUUGACAUUAUACUGCCACAUUUCCAAAAGCAGUGGUUCUUUUAUUAAAUAAAGAAAGUAAAGACCAAGAUCUUUCUUCAAAGAUGUACUCCACCCAAUUUUGUUGCCCAUAAUGCUAACUCAGCAACAAUAUUCUAGCAGUGCCAUUUCUUUCAUUCAAGUUGUAGCCACAGUUUUUAACCGUUUUAUUAUGGGAAGCUCUAUCUAUAAUGUUACCCCCGCCCCCCAGUCUGACCAUUAGUCCAGACUCCAGAAGAUACUCUUCUGUGUAAGCAGGAUGUCAGUCUCUUUUGCAUGGCUGACUGACUAAACUACAGUAUUACAUUGUCAUCUAUCAAAUCCUUUCCCCCACACAGCUCCACCCCCUUAUUCCUCUGUAUGUCCCUCCAUGCAUAGAUAGGGCAGAAAUUGUAUCUUCAGAAGUGCUCUAAAGGUGGGUUUACCGUUCCUUCACGAAGGUCAGCUACUCGCUUAGUGAAGGAGACCACUGUAUUUACAUGCAGCGAUCUCCUUUACAGUAUGAGGACGAGGGAUCGCUAUUGUGAUCCCUCAUCACCUUACAGAAUCACUGUUUCUGGGCAGCAGAUCAUUGAUUACACCGCACAAUCUGCUGCCCAGAAACUAUGAUCGGUGGUGCCUGCACGAAAGACAGGAUCACCCGAUGAACGAGCGUUUUGCUCAUGUAUUGGGUGAUCAGCGGCACAUUUAGAUGGCCAGAUUAUGGGGAAUGAGCGUUCGCAGGCUACCAGCAGUGUGAACUGAGUCUAAGCGGCUAUUGGUGUGUGUAUAUAUAACUAAUGCUUACUGAACUUUC